AUGACCGCAACCCCAACCAUCCUCCUCCUAGGAACAUGCGACACCAAACUCCCCGAGCUCCUCUACACGAAAUCCGCCAUCCAGAAACAAGGCCCAGCCAAAGUCCAAAUACUAGACAUCGGCCGAGUCCCCUCUUCCUCCCCGGAAGUAGAUAUCAAACAAUCCGACCUCCUCCACGCCCCUAACGCAAAAACACCCCCACCUACUACCCCGCAAACACCAGAAAAGCAACUUGAACACGACAUAACCACCCUCGACCGUGACAGCUAUAUCAAAACACUCGCACCCUAUGUAGCAGGCUAUAUCAGUCACAUGAAUGAAAACGGCCAAAUCCACGCCGUUCUCGCUAUAGGCGGGUCGUGCGGGACAGCGCUUGCAACGUCUGCCCUGCGCGACGGGUUACCGGUUGGAUUUCCGAAAUUGAUGGUUUCUACUAUGGCUUCGGGCGAUGUUGGGGCUUAUGUUGGGGAAAGUGAUAUCGCAAUGAUGUAUAGUGUCGUUGAUAUCGCAGGUCGGAAUCGGGUUUUGGACAUGGUUUUGAGGAAUGCGGCUGGGGCUAUUGCGGGGAUGGGGCUUGGUUACUGUCAGCAGCAGCAGGAGGAGGAUGGAAUCGAGGCUGAGGGAGAUCAGGGUGGUGCUAGCAGUGUCAGGAUUGGGAUUUCCAUGUUCGGCGUUACGACGCCGGGUGUUACUGCUGCGCGAAAGUAUCUCGAGCUUAUACUGCCUGGCUGUGAGGUUUAUGUUUUCCAUGCGACGGGUUCUGGGGGUCGGGCUAUGGAGAGACUUAUAGGUGAAGGGCAGCUGGAUGCUGUUUUGGAUUUGACGACUACUGAGAUUGCGGAUGAGGUUGUUGGGGGAGUGUUGAGUGCUGGCCCGGAUAGACUGGUUGCUGCGACGAAGAAGGAUAUACCGCGGGUUGUCAGUGUUGGAGCUUGUGACAUGGUCAAUUUUGGGACAUUUAGUUCGAUUCCGGAGAAAUUUGCGAGUGAAAAGCUGGGGGUGCGGCGUGUUUUUCACCGGCAUAAUCCGACUGUUACGAUUAUGCGGACUACUGGGGAAGAAUGCAGAGAGAUUGCGAGGGUUAUCGCGAGGAACAUUCGGGGUGCGUCGCGAACGAGAGUCUUGCUGCCGACUGGGGGGUUUGAUGGGGAUCUCUUUUCUGCCCUUGAGGAGGAACUACGCGACAGUGGGAUAGCGGUCGUAAAGGAUGGGCGUGAUAUCAAUCACCCAGAGUUUGCGAAACUCGCAGCGGAGAUGUUGAGGGAUAUGAUUAGGGAGUCUGGGGAUGAUUGA